AAAAGAUUAAAAUACUUCUUUUUUGUGCUCGCCAUCAUUCAAAGAAAACCGAAAAAUCGUACUCCGUAUCACCGUAUGACGGAGUUAUUCGAGUUCACUAGCUAGUCUCCGCAAUCCGCUAUUCACCGGUCACUUCCCGGCGUCUGCCGGAAGACAUCAACGGUGGCGCAACUCGUAUCGCACAAGCUCACGGUAGAAAUGGCGAAAAAACCAGGAGAAGGGGUACAAGAGGAUGAAAACCAAUUGCCUUCCAUUCCUGUACACAUUGUUACUCGAGCAGACCAGCUUCCUGUUGAAUUCUUGGAGCCUUAUCCCGGGAGCCAGUUAGCGGUUGGUUUUGAUUGUGAGGGUGUUGAUCUUUGCCGCAAUGGGGCUCUGUGUAUAAUGCAGAUCGCCUUUCCAGAUGCAAUAUAUUUGGUUGAUGCAAUUGAAGGAGGGGAGUCUUUGAUUCAAGCUUGUAAGCCUGCACUUGAAUCUAGUUACAUCACCAAAGUUAUUCAUGACUGCAAACGAGAUAGUGAGGCAUUGUAUUUUCAGUUUGGUAUCAAGCUGCAAAAUGUUGUGGAUACGCAGAUUGCCUAUGCUUUAAUCAAAGAGCAAGAAGGAAAAACAAGAAUUCCAGAUGACUACAUCUCAUUUGUUAGUCUUCUUGCUGACCCAUGUUAUUGUGGAAUAUCUUAUGAUGAGAAAGAAGAAGUGCGAGUUCUUCUGAGGCAGGAUCCUAAAUUUUGGGAAUACAGACCAUUGUCCGAACUGAUGGUCCGUGCUGCUGCAGAUGAUGUUCGGUAUCUUCUUAGCAUAUAUCAUAAGAUGAUAGAAAAGUUGAAUGAAAGGUCUCUGUGGCUUCUUUCCCUCCGUGGUGCACUUUAUUGUCGUUGUUUCUGCAUGACUGAUAAUGACUAUUCAGAUUGGCCUCCUCUUCCCUUGCCUCCAGAAAAUAUUAUUGCCGACGAUGGGUCCACUUAUGAGGAAGAAUGCUUGUCUGUUCUUGAUGUCCCACCUGGUCAGAUGGGACGUAUCAUUGGAAGAAAGGGAGCUUCUAUUCUCGCUAUAAAGGAAUCAUGCAAUGCUGAAAUACACAUGGGAGGUGAUCGGGGCCCCCCUGACAAGGUUUUCAUAAUUGGACCUGUGAGCCAAGUGAAGAAAGCUGAGGCUAUUCUUAGAGGAAGACUACUAGGUCCUUCUACUUUUCAUUAAUCUCUCUUUCUCUCAUGCAUCUCAGCAAGUACUGCUAUG